GAUCACAGCUCUAUUGACAAUCUGUCAAGUCACCAUCAGCACUGUCAGUUGUUUAUCUCACUGGCGGGCUUAGGAAAAUACGUCCGUCUGAUAUGAAGAAAUCGUACGGUGAUGACAAGAAGUUGGUUGUGGAAGGGAAGAGCUGUACAUUAUUUGAUGAUAAGGAAAAGGCUUUCGAAGUUGAGACUGGCAAACUCCUCAUACCGUGGUGGGGAGAUGAAUCAAUUUUAAUAGAUAGAUUUGAUGGGCGUGGAUAUCUCACUGAGGUCUGCGAGCAGGAUUCCACUUGUGAUCUGAAAUAUGAAGAUUAUUUAUCUGAAGAUGAGAUAGCAAUCGAAAAAAUGUGCGAUUUUGAGCGUUAUUUGGAGAUGCAGGUCGACGUCCAUGAACUCGCAAUUGAAGCUGGUGAGUUUCUUUUAACAAUUGUGUUUUAAUAUGUUCUGCACUUACCACCUUUGCCGAUUGUUAAUGUGACCUUAGCUUUUGAGUCGAUGUCCGUUUGGUAAACGCGUUGAUGAGAAUUUGGUUCUAUUUUGGUAAGUUUUAUCUGUGAACUGAAUAAAGCAUAUUUUCGAUACUUUUGACUAUUACUAGAUUAACCUGGUAUGAAUUUUUGUUUGUAUUACUAUGUGUGCCAUUUGUAUAUAUUUUAUGCUGUAGAGAUUAACAACUUUUACAUCUGUUUAUACAUUGCAGGUUUUUUAUCGGAAUGCAACAUGCAAUACGAGCCUGGAGAGGCUAUGGAAAUAAGCAUACAUUCAAUGUAAUUAAACAUUAGUCAUUUUUUCCCAAAAAAUCAAACUGUUGUACUUCUGUUUUUAUCCUCAAACAUAUAUACAUGAUUCACUUCAUUUUUUAUUCUAUAGAAGAGGCUCAAAAACGUGAAUCAGAAAAGUUUCGUAAUCAUUAUGGCGCUGUUGGCUUUUCUUACGAUGAAAAUAUUCCCGGAGCAAACGGUGAUGGAUCCAACCCUAGUAAAGAGUCAGGUGAGCCUGACAUGAAGGAACAACAGAUUGAAGAACCAUAUAAUUGUCCACCUGAGCUUCAGCAGUUUGUGUCAAAUCUCCAACUUCCAGAAACUGAUAAACAAGCUCAUAUCAUUGAAAAAACUGCUGUUUUUGUUGCACGAAAAGGAAGUCAAAUGGAAAUUGUUCUUAAAGCAAGACAGCAUAAUAAUCCGUUAUUCGGGUUUUUAACCUAUGAUCAUGCACUGAAUCCAUUUUACAAGGAGAUUGUAAGAUUGGUUACACAGGGUCGUUAUAUCCCAAAACCUCGUCAGACUGUGGAUAAACCCACUGGUACGCUUUUUACAGAAGCAAAUGAAUCAAAUAAACCGAUUCACGAAGAUGAAUACGAAUUAAAGUUACCCAAGGUUGAUAUUUCGAAUACACCUUAUGCUUCACUUAUUUCAAAGUUCAAAAAAAUUAAUGAAACGGCUGCGGCGUUGGCAGCAGCGAAUCUCGCUGCUAGUGCUACUUCCGAUGAUCAAUCUCGUGUGGCCACUCCUGAAGUGAUAAACGAAACAGAUCCUCCACCUAGUUCUGAUGGGCUAGCUAAUGAUAAUGCUCCAGACAGCUUCGAAAACAAUGAGAAAACCGUAGAAUCAGAAAAUGAAACACCCUCACCUCAGUCUUCUUGUACAGAAGAUGAAGUUGUUGUAAAUUGUGAAACUGCUAUUCCUCCUACUGUUGCUGUUGAUAAUGAUGAUGUUUCAGCCACUACUACUAACACUACUACUACUACUACUGUGGAUAAUUCUCAACCGGAAUCGACUGAUCCUUUAUCUCCUGAAGAAUAUGAACAUAUCUAUCAAGAAUAUUACAGACAUUACUAUGCACACUAUUAUACGCAUUAUACGAAUCAGUGGACUGCGUGUGGUGGUCUAAUGAAGGAUGAACAUGAAGCCAGUAUUGUCCAAGAAGCUGCUAAAGCAGCCGCUAUAGCAGCUGCAGCUGCUGUCAGCGUUAUUCAACAAACCCGUUUAAAAACCACUACACCAGUGAUAUUUGAACCACCAAUGAAUGAUGAUCAGCGUGGCAUUAUAAACAAAAUGGCCGAGUAUGUUGUUCGUAAUGGCUUAGAGUUUGAAGAACUAGUCAGUCGGCAAAAAACCGAAGAUCCACGAUUUGCAUUCUUGAAACCAGAUCAUCCUUUGCAUUCAUAUUAUAUGGCUAAACGAAAAGAAUUAGAUCCUGAUGACAGUUUGACUAAAGCUGCUGAUAAUAAUUUUAAUAAUAAUUUUAAUGAUAUUCCCUCUCCAUCCAAAUCACCUAAAAUACGUUGUUCGAGAAAAAGGCAUUCGAGUGAUGAAGAGCCUUAUGGUCCUAAAGUAAAGAGUAACUCUCAUAAAAAAUCCCACUCACCAGAUUCUCACAAGAGAACGAAAGGUGAUUCCGAUAGCAGAAAUUCAGAACGUCAGACAAGCAUCAGUUUUCGUCUGACUCGUCCAAUUCCCCCAGCGAAAUCUCAAUCUGCUCAUAAUAAUAAUGAUGAUACUUCUGCUGAGAAGGCUAUGGAUAUAAUUGAAUGUGCUGUACGAGAGUACUCUAAAUCAAUUUCAAAGAGUUCAAAACGAAGAGAAAAACAACUGAAAAAAUCAAAUAUUCGUGAAAAUGAUGUCAAAUCAAAGAAAAGAAAACAUCGAUCACCUAACAUUCAUGUGAUACCUGGUAUUCCCAGUCCCAGUUCUUCAUCUUCCUCACACUCAUCUCCACUUCACGAUGACAGUCCAUAUUCUGAUAGAAGUCAUUCUCAUAGAAGUCUGAACUCCAACUACAACUCUGCAUCUGUUUCACCUGCCAACUCAUCAAGUCAGUCACCUGAACGACACGAGAGAUCUGAACUAGUUACUAACUUCCAAUCUCCUAAUUCCUCUGCCAGUAAUGUCCCAUCACCAUAUGCAAAUAAUCCACAGUCUCCAAUGGAGUCAGCAUCUCAUUCGAAUGCUCAUUUGACUUCCAAUUGGCCUUCUUGCGCUCUUGACGACUUAUUAGUUUGCCGAUCACGUAUGUUUUAAUUUUUCCAACAGAUAUUUUGGAAAAACAUAAUUGUUUGUUUCUGAGGAUAAAAUUUUUGUCGGUAUUUUUGUAUGUCUAACCUGAGUGUUUUGGGGUGACCAUAAAACAGGGUUAAAUUGGUUCUCGCAAUAUGUUCUUUGCUUCUCCUUUGGAAGCUUAUCCAACUUCAUCUUGUGUGUAGGUAUAGCUGACUAUUCAGAUUCCUGAUGGGAUCUUUUCGUAGUUUCCAAAAGAGUACUGUGUCUUGUAAAGGUUCUCCUGUUUUCACAAUACAAUUUUUUCCUACUCACUAUAAAAACUCUACCUGUAUUAGACGGAGUGACCAGUUCGAUUUCUUAAUUUCCGUUUUGUUUUUGUGAGUUGACAGAUUGAGUUCAGAGUACUUUCUAGUCGAAGAUAUGUUGUAUUCCCUCCCUUUCCUCAUUUUUAGUGCUAAUUUUUUAAGCGCUCUGAAGGAGAAGAGUUCCUUCAAAAUUGCAGAUAACACCACAUAUGCCUUCCUGAUGAGUGCCAAAACGCACGAAACCCAGAUCCACGACUUCCUGUCGAUUACAUGCAACCAUCUAACAAUAAUUUAGAGUGCUUUGUGAUGGCGAGCCACUCAACAUGUUGACUACAUUGCAAACUUGACUGACAGAGUUCAGCCUGCAGCAAAUGAAGGACCAUACACAUGGCAGUUAAUACGUAAUUUCCAGUCUAAGAAUCACAAAUUGGUAGAAAUUAGAGCUCAUGGGUUAUUGAGUUGGGUCCCAGUGGUUGGAUGGUCUAUGAGCGUUUACCUUGUAAUCGGAAGGUGCUGGUUUCGAAACUCGAUGGGUGCGUUCUGUCGAAGAGUCCCGAGCUAGGACGAAACGACUCUCCAGUAUUACCAGGUUUUUAAUGGUUCUCUAACUGACAUCAUUCCGUGAUCAAAACUGGAACAAAUCUAAAUCCCCUUAUGAACAAAGGCCUUGACAGUUCUGGUUUAUUUGAAUUUCCCUCGUCACAGUUUAGUUCCUUUUCAAAUACUUUUGCCUCCGUUUUUGGCAGGACUUGUGUUUUUGUGUAGUUUAAUUGUUUGAUCGCGAGUUUCUUAUCAAUUUUAAUAUUUCAUUAUCGUAUAUUAUUCCUAAGCUAUUCCUGCUUUUCAUUUUAUCAGGUAGUUUCUGAGAUCUUCAAUAGUUAGUUGGAUUAAUUUUGUUUGGUCUUAAAGCAGUAUAGCCUAGAGAUUACAGUUUAAAGAAGGUUUUGCCUUCGUGUGUUAAGUGAAUUGGUAGGAUUGCGCCUAUGACUUUUGAUUGACUUACUUCGGUUUAAGUUAUCAUUCUACACAGAGCCUUUCGAGUUAGUAUUCCAUGUUUAACAUACGGUUGGUUCCUACUAGUAGAUGACAUAUAUUUUUUUUUUUAGCGUGUUAAUCCUUCAGUAAUAUAACAUUGGUCCCUGGAAAAAAAUAUCGUAAAGCUUCACUUUAUUGUAACUAUUCCAACAGCUUGCAUUUUUGUUUCCUUUUUUUCGGAUUAUAUGCUAUGAUAAAUUAGUUGUACAGGUUUGCUUAAGUACGUCUCCUAACAGGUUAAAUUUCAGUAACUGCUUUUUUUUAAAUUUUAAAUUUCACAAUUUGUAGACAUCCAUGAACCUACAAGUCUGCUAGAUUUCUCUGCAGAUGGCUAUCAAGCUACGAUUCCCACAGAAAAAGACGAGCGUUUACGGGAAGAAAGACGCAAAAAAGCUGCUCAAUUGGUACAACAACUGAAACUGACAAGUUCUAUCAUGAAAACAACUUCAGAAAAUAAUGUUACAGCUGCAAAACCUGUUACCGUUACCGUAACUGAUAUUCCCUCGAAGAAGAUGACUGAUCGUUCUGGUGUUUCACCUCCUCCAGCUCCUGACUCUGUCCCUGCAGCUGUUGCGCAUGCUGUAGUUGCUAAUCUUAAGCGUCGUCAAGAAGCCCUAGAAGCUGAAAUGAAAUCUCGGAAGAAGCGCCAUCGCUCACCACCUGCAGCUUAUGCACUCUCGCGUCAUCGUCAUACCGAUAGGUCGCCAAGAAGAUCACCAACUCCAAAAUGGGAUUCCUAUGACCGUACAGAUUUUAGAGAACGAGAUGAUGAAUAUUUUAAAUCAAAGAGAAAAUAUCAUAAAAAAUCUCACUAUUGAUUAUUAUUAUUAUUAUAUUACCACGAGAUUAUAUAAUACCUUAUUGUAAACGCUUGUACAUAUAUUGUAUUCAUUAUUUGUGAUAUACUACACAGCUUUUGUAGAUGAUGUACAAAAGUUUAGGGUUGUUUUCAGUUGAGUUACAAGUUUUGUUGUUUUUACCUCUUACUGUAACUUUGUAAGAAUUAUGCAUUUUUUCAGUGCUAAUAAAUACUUGCUAAACACUA